GAUCAAGAGACCACCAGUAGCUUAGGCUCAGACCACUGCUGGCUUUCAUUAGAUAAACUUUUCACUGUAGAAAACCUUUUCACAAGAGGGGAACAGAGAGACUAUGACCAGAAAACCUUUCCACCAGUUGUAAACAGAAACAGGUUCAUAGGGUAAAUCCGAGGGCUAAGCCUCCUUGCAAGUCUCAGCAUCCUGGCAGGGCCAGAGGAAUGUCACAAUGCAGAGUCCCUCGGCGAGCCUGACCGGGUCUGCCUAUGGAAGCACACCUGUGUUUACAAAGGGUCUACAAAACAUAAAAGCUACGAAGGGUCAAUUAGUGGUAUUUGAAUGUCGCAUUCGCGCUACACCCACCUUACAGGUUCACUGGUACAGAGAAUAUGAUCAGAUAAUAGAUUCUGCCGAUUUCCGAAUACUACGAAAAAAGGCUUGUUCGUCAGCUGUUCCCGAGGAAGUCUGCACCCUGGUUAUUACAGAAGCUUUUCCAGAAGACUCUGGAAUAUUUAAAUGUGUUGCUGAAAAUGAAUUUGGAUCUGCAGCAUCCAGUGCACGUCUCUCUGUUUCCCCAGGAGCAAAAGAGCUGGAAAGCUUUGCGGGUGCUGCCCACAGGCCAGCUGUACAAGUCACCAUGAAGAAACCCACCUUCCCUAGGAACAGCCAAACAGGAGCCAAGGACCGAGAUGCGGCUGGCCUGCCAUCCUACAGCACAGAGACCCCAGCGCUGGGCAGUCGAGCAGAAGCCACAAACUUCGGCCAGAUGAACUCCAAGAGCGAAGCUGAAGAUUUUCAUGGAGCUUAUAAGAAUUCGCCUCAGGCUUCACCUCUGCGCCAUUUGUUGCUAUAUGACACAAGCGACUAAGAGAACCCGAUCAGACGCAACAUGUCACCAUUCACAGAACGUAAACUGAAGCAGUACAGAAAAGCUGGUCUCCAACACCCCGCAGCGCUGGUCAGAGUACUAUUAAGUUACCCUACCACAGGCUAUGAGAUUUUUUUUU